UCAAUUGAGAAUAAGAAAAAUGUGUUGCUCUCCAAUCCUUGUUUGGAAGUCUAGUACAUUCAGUUUCUCAUGCAUAGAAUAAUUACCACAUUGGCAGUAAUUUGUACUCUUGGGCAGACUCAAAAUAAAGAAUAAACAUCCAGUUGGCAUGGAAACAGAACUACCCUCUCAGCCUUAUUCUUUUUUUCCUCCAAAGUGCUGUGACUUAUUCAUUAGCUACUGUACUUUGUUCAUUAUUGCUUGACUUGUUCAGAGUGAGCCUCCAAUGCAGCUGCCCUGUGCUAAACCUGUCCUGUGAACAAAAAGCUCGACAUCUUUUAUUAUAACUGAAUUCUGUCAAGUUUAUAGAAAGGAAGUACAUGUAUUCAGUUUCAGUCUUCUCGUUGAGCUUCUUUGGCAGUUGCCCUCAUUCAGUCUUAUAGCCAAUCUAAACUUUGUCAUAUAAGUCAGAUUUGAAACAAAAAUGAAUUGGGUUUCACGAAUGUUGGAUUUAAUUUUGCGAUGUAAAUUGGACUUUAAUAAAAGAGAGUUUUUAUAAAUUAAAAUCACGUAGUUCCUUUAAAUGUUGUAUCAUUUUAGUACAUCAUAAAACAGAACUAGUUGCACCUUCCCCCAGAUAAUUAUUUCUGUCUCUUCACUGCAGUCUCGCUGUGAUGUGAGUAUACAUAUGCUAAGGAAAUCUGAGGAAAAGCAAUAACUAGAGCAAUGAAUGCCUGUUCACAUUAUCAGUCCUAGGUACUAAGCUCUUUUAAAUAAGUUACUGGUGUGUUUGAUGCUUUUGACAUUUAAAUAGGAACUGCAGCUUGGAAACUUCCUAUUUCAUUUGUAUUUCAUUUGUUAAUUUCCUUAUGAACUUCAUUAUACUGGCCUUCCAGAAUGCAAAAUUGGGCAGCAGUAUUUCAGCAACUUUUUUAUGAUACACUUUUGUUUUUCCUUUUUAGACAUAAAAUUAAGGUUAAAUUGUCUGUAGGACAUUGAGACCAGUCUUGUGAAAAGCAACAGAGCUAACUUGAGGGCACAUGUAGUUAUUGGCUGCUUUUCUUCUUUGACCAUCUGAAAGAAACCUCUCCCUACUUGAGAGUACCCACCAGCCUAACUCUUUACAUCCUAUGUUUCUUUUAUUUGCUUUUUCCUGUGUGUGUCAACGUGUGAUUGAGAGAUUACAUAUUGGGACAGUGAGAAAUGGUGAUCAGAGCCUAUUGCGUCUCAGCUGUCCUUACUGGGACAGUCCCUUGGGGACAGUAGCCUGCAGCAGCAUGUGUCAGAGCAGCCCUUGAAUCUUGGGCUACUGCUACUGUUGCCUCUCAACGGUCUGGGGUAGCCAUCUGGAGUAGGGUGGAGAUCUAGACUUCAAAAUUCAAGAGUACAAACAAUCUGGGAAAGUAUUCACUCAAAGACAAAUAAUAGACUGGUUUAUACAGUUGUUACUUGGAGUCAACUAUAUGCAUGAAAGGCGAAUACUUCACCGAGAUUUGAAAGCCAAGAAUAUAUUUUUGAAGAAUAAUCUUCUUAAAAUCGGGGACUUUGGAGUUUCUCGUCUAUUGAUGGGUUCAUGUGAUCUGGCAACUACGUUUACUGGGACACCAUACUACAUGAGUCCAGAGGCACUGAAACACCAGGGCUAUAACACAAAAUCUGAUAUCUGGUCUCUGGGAUGCAUUUUAUACGAGAUGUGCUGUAUGGACCAUGCAUUUUCUGGACACAAUUUUUUGUCAGUUGUGCUAAAAAUUGUAGAAGGUGAUACACCUUCUCUUCCUGAUAGAUAUCCAAGCAAACUGAAUGCAGUGCUGAGCAGCAUGUUAAAUAAGAAUCCUUCGAUGAGACCAGCAGCAGCAGAGAUCCUAAAAAUCCCUUAUGUUGAUGAACAACUAAAGAAUAUACAGUACCAAUACACAAAUAUGAAUGUGAAAGACAAGGGGCUUAACUGGCAGAAAGAAUCGACUCCCAUUUUUGAUGCUGUGCAGAGGAAAGUUCAUUUGCAGACUCUACAGGAACUGUCUGAAGUUCAGAAAAUGACACCACGGGAAAGAAUGAGGCUGAGGAAGUUAAAUGCAGCAGAUGAGAAAGCAAAGAAGUUGAAACAGCUGGCAGAAGAAAAAUAUCAAGAAAAUAUCAAAAGAAUGCAAGAAUACAGGUCCCGUAAUUUUCAGCAGCUGAAUGUCAAUGUCCUACAUGAAUCUGAUGAACAGACUUCAAAACUGUUAAUUCAUUCUGAGCCAGUCAUUGCAUGUGACUCUGUGUCCGUAGGAUGUGAUGAACAAAGUGGAAAUGAGAGAUCAAGUCAACUCUGCACAUCUAAACUUACAGACCAUGAGAUCCCUGAAGACCCACAAAUUGCAGAAGAAUACUAUAAUGAUGAGUUUGAAUCCUGUUCAGAAAGCAGUGAAGAGGAGGAGGAUGUGGAAGCAUCACAGACUGUCUCUAAGACAAAUCACCAGGACAGUGAUAUUGUGGCAAUGGUCAAGUAUAUGGAGAGUGUCCUGAAUAACAGCUCAUUGGGCUCGGGAACUGUCACCAGAGUGGCUCCAGGGACACCCCAGGGAUUCAGAGCUCUCAACAGCACUAUGGCUGAGACCAAACUGAAACGCAUGAGGGAAUCUGCCAUCCAGAAACUGGGAGCAGAGGUGUUUGAGAAAGUGUACACCUAUCUGAAGCAAGCAAGACUGCAGAAGGCCAGUGAGGAGGAGAUCAGGAGAUACCUUGAGAAACUGGUUUCCAGAGCAAGUGAUUGCUUUGAGGUAGAUCAACUUCUCUACUUUGAGGAGCAGCUACAGGAUUCGGAAGCCCAUCUUCAUCUGUAAAGUGGUUGACAGUAGCAGUGCAGGAAGCAGAAAGGAGGACUAAAAGUGGUGAGCUGCCUUCUUCAGGCCAGCAAGCAAAUCCUAGAGGUAUAUGGAGGAAACUAGUGAAGGUAACUCAGUACGCAAAUAGGUAGGCAAACUCCUGGGGAGUCCAGUCUGUACAGUGAGAAGUCGGUAAAUAUGGUAUCAUUUGCAGGGGCAGGAAGAAAAGCAGUUUGUGGCAAUGGAGUGGGGGUUUCACAGUUAUCAACAUCGCCUUUUCACCAGUAAGAGCGUUAAGAAAGCUAUUCUCCUGAGCACUGGCCAGGCUUAAUCCUGCAUUCAGUCACUGGUGAAGCUGCCUGUGGUGGAAAUGGUGCAGGAUUAGACUCCAGCUGCUGUUGAUUCCUGUGCUAACUGGUUGUCAUGGCAUUUAAGCACAUCUUUUUUGUACUUUGGCAGACUUACCCUUGAACACACGCAUCUAUGCAUUGGGCUACUCAGCCAGAAAUUGUCUUGUUAUCAUUCAUUGUUCAAAAGACUUCAUUUAAUCCAUGUGCUUUCCAAAGGAACUGUACAGAUACGUGCAUACAUGUAUAUUUAUAUACUUAUAUGCAUAUUCAUCUACAUAGAGAUAGGUGUGUAUAUGCAUAGAGACAGAAAGAUGUUUGGCCACAUCAUUGUAUACGUUUAUGUGUAUAGAGACAAGCGACACGAGGCUGAGGCCUGAGCUGUAGAUGUCUGUGGUAGCUAGGAAUCCUUACUGUGGAUUCUGAGAGUUUUAGAUCAAAUUCACUGUACACAGAUGGAACAAUAAAGUAGUUUUUUUGGCUUGCACGUGG